AAACGACGACGUCGACAACAUACUAGUCUCUCCACUCCUUGCUUGCUUCAGAUCUCUCCUUCCUUCUAUUAUUUCCCUUUUCUCUCCCUUAACUUUCUUUAUGUUCCAUCUUUGUCCUCAUCUUCAUAAAUACUCCUGGAUCCGACAACAACAUUUUCCUGAAUCAAAUGCUACUCCGAUUUAACUUUUCUUAAAGGGCUUUGCUUCAACGGCGCCUGUUGUUGCAUUUCUGUAAAUUUCUGGAAAUUCUCUUUUUCUCCAGAUUUGUGAAAAAUGGCGGUGGCUGCUGGUCCUGUGACGCCUGGAGAGGUGUCAUUUCUUCUUGGAGUUAUUCCUGUCAUCGUAGCAUGGAUAUAUGCCGAGCGUUUAGAGUAUAAGAAGUCAUCAUCACCCUCUAAAGUGCAUUCAGACAAUAAUCUAGUGGAAAUGGAAAGUCAAACGAUCAAGGAAGAUGAUCGAGCUGUCUUGCUGGAAGGAGGUCUCACUAAAUCACCAUCUGUGAAGUUGUCCAGUUCAUCCAUUAAAACGAACUUAAUUAGGUUCCUAACAAUGGAGGACUCGUUUUUGCUAGAUAAUCGAGCAACCCUUAGAGCAAUGUCCGAAAUGGGGGGAAUUUUGAUAUAUUUCUACAUGUGUGACCGGACAAAUUUGUUUGCAGAUUCUACGAAGAGCUACAAUCGGGAUCUUUUCCUCUUUCUUUACAUUCUUCUUAUCAUAGCUUCAGCAAUGACUUCUCUGAAAAAGCAUCAUGACAAGUCAGCAUUCUCUGGGAAAACCUUGCUUUACCUAAAUCGCCAUCAGACAGAGGAGUGGAAAGGAUGGAUGCAGGUCCUAUUCUUAAUGUAUCACUAUUUUGCGGCAGUUGAGAUAUAUAAUGCUAUUCGUAUUUUUAUUGCUGCAUACGUCUGGAUGACUGGUUUUGGUAACUUUUCCUAUUAUUACAUCAAGAAGGAUUUUAGUCUGGCUCGGUUUGCUCAGAUGAUGUGGAGGCUAAACUUUUUUGUGGCAUUAUGUUGCAUCAUCCUUAACAAUGACUACACGCUGUACUAUAUUUGCCCCAUGCACACGCUUUUCACUCUGAUGGUGUAUGGUGCCCUGGGUAUUGGCCAUAACUAUAACGAGAUAAGAUCAGUUAUGGCUUUGAAAAUCUUUAUGUGCUUUCUUGUGGUAAUUGUGAUAUGGGAAAUUCCUGGAGUUUUUGACCUCAUAUGGAGUCCUUUCACUUUUCUACUAGAGUACACUGAUCCUGCAAAGCCUGAUCUUCCUCGACUUCAUGAAUGGCAUUUCAGAUCUGGACUUGAUCGCUAUAUAUGGAUUAUUGGAAUGAUAUAUGCCUACUUUCAUCCCAAUGUUGAAAAGUUGAUGGAGAAAUUGGAGGAGUCUGAACCCAAGCGUAGACGAACUAUCAAGACAUUCAUUGUUACAGCUUCAGUAGUUGUUGGGUACUUGUGGUAUGAAUAUAUUUACAAGCUGGACAAGGUUGCUUACAACAAGCUCCAUCCAUACACAUCAUGGAUUCCCAUAACUGUUUACAUCUGUUUGCGGAACUUUACCCAGGAGCUUCGAAAUUUCUCAUUGACUCUAUUUGCGUGGCUUGGCAAAAUUACUCUAGAAACUUACAUCUCACAGUUCCACAUAUGGCUGAGGUACGGGUCUUUAAUUGUUUUGCAUCAAUUUGUACAGGAAGAUACAUGUCACCUAUAUGUAUGCAGCAACUGACAAAAUUUCUUAUGAAUGAAUAUUUUUAUUGGCUCAUUCUACUGUCAUUUUUUAUGUGAAAAAAUAGGGGACGGGUCCAACAGCUUUCCUUUUUCAUGCAUAAUGUGUUCUUUAUAUUAUCCAUUCCCGGUUUUCAGGUUAAUCUUCAUAUUUCUAGUCAAAUUAGUUAAACCAGUCAAACAUUUUGGAUGCUUCUUUCUCUUCUGCCGUAAUGGAAAUGGAUUAUGAGAACAAGUUAAUUGCAGAAAUCAACAUGCUAUAAGAGCUAAUUUCUAGAAUCGAUCAUGUUUACUGCAUUUUAAGAAACCAUCAUCAUCUAUGGGCAAAAAUUUUUACUGAUCAAAGAAGUAAC